AGUAUUUAAAUUUUCAGUAAAAAUUAUUUAGAAACAUAAAAAUGCGUGAAAUAGUAAAUUUACAAGUAGGACAAUGUGGAAAUCAAAUAGGUUCCAAAUUUUGGGAAGUGAUAGCUGAAGAGCAUGGCAUCCAACCAACCGGUAAUUACCAAGGUACCAAGAAUAUUCAGCUGGACAAAAUCAACGUUUUCUUUAACGAGACGGUAUUCAAGCGCUACAUACCGCGUACCGUGAUUGUCGACCUCGAGCCCGGUACCAUCGACUCUAUUCGCGCAAGUACAUUCGGCGAGAUAUUCCGUCCCGACAACUUUGUCUACAGCCAGAAUAGCGCGAGUAACAAUUGGGCCAAGGGCUACUACACCGAGGGCGCGGAGCUCGUCGACCAGGUGCAGGACGUGGUGCGACGCGAGGCCGAGAGCUGCGACUGCAUCCAAGGCUUUCAGCUUACGCACUCGCUAGGUGGCGGCACUGGCUCCGGCAUGGGUACCCUCUUAUUGUCCAAGAUUCGCGACGAGUAUCCCGAUAGGAUCAUCAACUCGUAUUCGGUCGUCUCCUCGCCCAAGGUCCAAGACACGGUCGUUGGUCCGUACAACGUCCUGCUCUCCUUCCAGCAGCUUCUCAAUAUGACGGAUUCGACCUUCUGCAUUGAUAAUCACGCGCUUUACGACAUUUGCCAGAGGACGCUCGAGUUAAGCAGCCCAUCGUACGCCGACCUCAAUCACCUGGUCUCGCUCACCAUGUCCGGAAUCACUACCUGCCUUAGAUUCCCAGGCCAGUUGAAUGCCGAUUUGCGAAAGCUCGCUGUAAAUAUGGUGCCAUAUCCAAAACUCCACUUCAUGCUGACUGGCUUCGCUCCACUCGUAUCGCGAGCUAACAAAUCUUUCAGCGGCCUUACCGUGACAGAAUUGGCGCAUCAAAUGUUCGACCCACGGAACGUUAUGGCCGCAUGCGAUACGCGAAACGGAAGAUAUCUGACGGUCGCAGCGGUUUUCCGUGGUCUGAUGUCCAUGCGAGAUGUUGACGACGAGAUGCUCACCAUCCAAAAUAAAAACAGCUCGUACUUCGUCGAUUGGCUACCGAACAAUGUUCAAACGGCAGUGUGUGACAUUCCUCCGACGGGUCUCCAGAUCUCCGGCACCUUCCUCGGCAACAACACCGUCAUCCAUGAGAUUUUCAAGCGCAUUUGCACACAGUUUACCCUGAUGUUCAAAAGGAAGGCCUUUUUGCAUUGGUUCACAGCCGAGGGCAUGGAAGAGAAUGAAUUUACCGACGCUCACUCCGAUCUCCUCGACCUCAUCUCCGAAUAUCAGCAGUACGAAUCGUUCGAUACGACAAAAAGUAUGAUUAAUGAUGAUAGCGACAAUGAGGAAGAAGCCGCCGAGGAUUGAUAGAAAUAUUCAUUUCACAAGAACGAAUAAAUUUUUUAAUACAUUUUAUCGA